CACCUACCCCAAAACACGUGCAGGAGCUUCCGUUGCAUUGCAUUUGUAUUCUCCCAGAUGCUGUGAUAAAUAUACUGGCUGUCCUUUUACUGACAGCAGUGGCCCAUGUCAUGGAGUCAGAAGCUGUGCAAGUCAACGUAGCAAAUGCCAAUCUUCUGCAUGAUUAUGCUAUCAAGAUUCACAAUCUGCGCAUUGGAAGAAGCAUGAGUGUUUAUCCCAACGAUUGUGAUGAUUAUCCUCCCAGUUACCCUGACGGGGUUUAUGUAAUCCAGCCUAGGAAUUCACAUCCCCUGGUGGUCUACUGUAUAACUAUGGACAAUCAGAAGUGGACAGUGAUCCAGAAAAACUCAAUUUCUUCAGAGAUUGAGUGGAGGGAAUCCUGGACUACUUAUAAGUAUGGGUUUGGCAAUAUUGAGGGAGAUCACUGGCUGGGAAAUGAAUACAUCCACAAACUUACCACCCAGCGCGCGUACAAGGCACGAAUUGUGCUUAAUGUUACAAAGACUGAUGUCAGGUAUGCUGACUAUGACACUUUCAGCUUGGAUGAGGAGUCAAGAGGCUAUGCGCUGCGACUUGGACAGUACUCUGGAACAGCUCCUGAUUAUAUGAUUGAAGGAAGUACAAUUCAUGACAAUAUGAAGUUCUCCACUAAGGACAAAGACCAAGAUCGUAACAGUGGUAACUGUGCCACGUCUUAUAAUGGUGGCUGGUGGUAUGACAAUUGCCUUACUGUACAGCUCAAUGGGAAGGGCUACAUUUAUUGGAACACCCUUUGCCAUGGUGAUUGUGCAGCCUCACUCAUAAUGAUCAGACCUUCAGAAAUUUGCAAAGAAUGACCUUAAAUAUGACUGCCAUAUUUGCAUCAGUUUAAUUUUAUUAGUGCUGGGGCUUGUACAAAUGUGGCUGUUUAAAAUAAUGUUAUCUGUAAGGUUUUCAAUAAAACAAUAAAUAACUUUUAUAUAGGUGUGUAAUGGGCUAGAAAUCAGGGUUUAAAAGAAAAUGACUUUACUAUGUGUUGCUUAGUGUAUUGGGCUAAAUCAGUGUUUUAAAUUCCCUGGAAAAUUCUGUAAUCUAUUACUGAUGGCUGUCUGUAGGACCUAAAUAUUCACCUGUCUUGCAAAAGAGUUACCUGCCUCUAAUAAUCAGACUGUGUUGAUUAGUGAUACAGAAACUGUCUGCUUCCUUUGAAAAUUAACGAGUUCUGUGAACAUUGAUUUCUAAUCAGGUAUUCCUUCAUGGCUGCUGGCAACAAUACUAUUGUUUAACCAGAGUAAAUGUGUUUUUUUUUCUGCAGAGGCAUGUACCAUUGUUUAACCGAUUG